UAAGUACUUUACAUUGUGAUGCACUCAUGACCUCUGACCCGACAUGUUGCGGAAACUUACGAAAUCCUUGCGAAAUUCAGGAGCAAUUUCUUGCUGUUUUUAACGUCAGGAAAAUAACUUUUAGAACUCAAGAUGAUUACGUUUGUUCAUAUAUGUUAUAUCCUCCUUCGGGACACUCUGAGAAAUCUUACAGAAUCGUGGUUUUUGAAGAGGAACACCAGAGCACUGUGUAGUGAAGAAGACAGUUCAACAAAGCAAGACACCUUAGAACCAAAAGAUCAGAAACAGGAGACUCAAGAAGGUGAAAAUGUUUGCUCUCAGGACACAAAUCUAGGAACAAAAGGCAGUCGGACUUGGCGACUCCCAGUAGAGGUACCUGACAACGAUUGGCUUCAAGAUUCUGCAACAGAAAAGGAUACUACCGAAGAUAGUAGAACUGCUGACGAAAAAGUUGACGCAAAAAUUCCAGAACAGCGUUCCAAACCUAACUCCAUCCCCGACGUAUCUCCAACCUUCUUAGCCAACCUAGAGAGAACUAAAGAGCGAAACACGAAAGAAACGGAAGAGGAAAGAAUGGCGGAGAGGAAGGAUGAAGUAUCGCGGGAACUGGUAGCGCGUGGGGAGGCCAUUUUGAAGAUGAAGGUCAAUCGGCGGAAGUACACAUGGAGGGAGUGGUAUGAGGAUAUAGAUGUGCUGUGGGCUAACAAAUGGUUCAAAAGGUCCGCUGAACUACUUCAGGAAGGGUUUGCGAUGGUGUCUAACCCGUACUGUUUCACCCUGUACCUGAUGGAGGAAAGUCGGGGACUGCGCGCCGCCAAGUCCUACUCACUGGCCAAUCACGUCAUCACGGAGUACGAGAACUGGCUCAGGAGGCAAUGCACCAUGGGAAGGAGUCCACGUUGUGAGAUAACUCCCCACAUGAAGAUCCAGGCAGUGAAGAUAGGAAUGGUGGGACAUGCCAACCUGUUCGACCCCCUGUGCAGAGUCUUCCAGCUCAUCGGACCUGGCAACGAGUUUCUAGCAGAACAUGUGGAGAUCUUCCUACACAAGCAGCAAUAUAAAGAGGCCAUUCAUUGUGCAACCAAGCUACAGCUUCAAAAGUUCUUUGUCUUUGAUGAGAUCGCUGUGCCCUUGAUUCUCCAAGACAAGGUCAACAUGGUGGAGAGCUACAUUCAAGGUCACCCUGACCUUCAGGAACUGAUGGUACAGUUGAUUGACAGCUGGUGUGCACAAGACUUCCGUAUGGACGACUUUCUCAGUGAGAGCACAGUUCCCUACAUCAAGAGAGACAAACUGAAGAGGCGACACUUGACCAAGUUAGCAGCUCGACUCAUCAAGCAAUACAACCUACCCCCAGAACUGUGUCCUAACGUAAACAUACACAGAAAUCUUGGAGGCCUGAAGUUCAUUCUGUACAAGAACUACAUACAGGGUGGCCUGGGGUCGGACAAUCUAGAUGAACUGAUACAGCAAUCUGUAGGGGACAGCCCCUUCCUACAGGAACAGCUAGUGGACCUGUUAGUGGGUUAUAACGACAUGGAGAAAGCGGCACAGUGGGCGCGGAGUUGUGACCUUCCCAGCGAGCGACUGCCACCAGGGGUCGCCCAGGCCAUGGAGAGACUGGCUGAGCAGGCUGGAUCAUCAGCUGAAGUUGGUGAGGAAAACUGGGAAGAUGAAGUAGAGGAUGUGGAGAGCAGGAAACAGAUGUAA